AGAAGUGGUACCGGAAGCCGUCGUAACUAGCAUACCAGACUUGUCCCGGUGUUUUCUUGCGGUUACGUUCGUUAUGAAAACAUAAAUCAGAGAGAAACGCCGGAGUCUGUGUGGUUGAACGUGUUGGAGAAGAGUCGUUGUGAACUUUAUGACGUUUCACCUCUAAUUCAUCGACCUUUGUAGCCAAGUAGAAGUUAAAGACUGAGGUAACGGACGUUAGCGUAGCUUGUUUACAGGAAAUAGACGGCGACAGAAGUCGGUUAAACAGCGCUAGUCCUGUAUCUGUAAUGGAGACCAAACUCUAUUGUUCACGGACCUGAAAUGUCUCUGUAGACGUGACUGAAUAGACUCUUCACUUUAUCUGAACAUGUUUGACAUCUGAAUUAUUUCCCGGUGUUCUCCGAUGCUUAUGGAGUUAGCUUAGCUUUCUACCAGGAAAUAGACGGAUCCGACAGCGCUCACCAUAGAGCUCAUCUGGAGGACAAUCUGGAGCAAAAGAUGCCUAAAGUCCAAACGCUGAGAGUUGUUGUGAAGCAGCGACUAACUGCGGCUGCUGAAGAGAUAUUCGAGCUGUUUGAAAGAACGAUAGCAGAGUACGAGGAGGAACUGUGUCGACACCGGAAACUACUGGACGCUGUUUGUCACACUGAGGACCAGUUACACAGAACAGCAGACACUCAGCCGGUGACGAUGAAUGAAGAAGAGGAUCCUCCUGAGCAGCAGGAGUGGAGCUCCAUUCUGGACCAGCAGGACCCACCAGAGCUGCCACACAUUAAAGAGGAACAGGAGGAACUCUGGACCCGUCAGGAGGGAGAGCAGCUUCCAGGGCUGGAGGAGGCUGAUAUCAAGGUCACAUUCAGUCCUGUUACUGUGAAGAGUGAAGAAGAUGAUGAAGAGGAACCUCAGUCCUCACAGCUUCACCAAAGACAAACUGAACCAAUCAGAGACACAGAACAUUUGAAAACAGAAGCUGAUGGAGAGGACUAUGGAGGAACAGAACCAGCCAGGAACUUUAAUCCAGAUGGAUAUUUACAGCCAGUUACUGAUGACGAGAUGUCACAAUUCUCUGAACCUGAGACUGAUGACAGUUAUGAUUGGGAAGAAACCACGGAGCCUCAGACAGGUUCAAACCCUGUGCAGAACAAUGAAGUAACUGAAAGUGAAAUGGAGAGUUACACUAGAGAAACAUCAAUGAACUUCUCUGAAUGUGCUACAAGCUUUGAACGCAAGGGACUUCUGCAGAAACACAAUGAAAUCCCAACAGAACUAAAACAGCUUAGCUGCUCAAUUUGUCAUAAAAGUUACCACUUCAAGAGCUCCUUAAAGUCUCACAUGAGACUUCAUUCAAAGGAAAAACAUUUCAGCUGCUCAGUUUGUAAUAAAACUUUUCAGUGGAGAAGAGAUGUUGUGUCACACAUGAGAACCCACACAGGGGAGAAACCCUUCAGUUGUUCCAUCUGCGGGACAGGAUUUGCAAGACGCUCAAAUUUGACCCUACACCUGAGAGUUCAUACAGGUGAAAAGCCCUUCACCUGCUCCAUCUGUGAGAAGAGUUUUGGUGACAGUAGCACUUUGUCCAAACACAUGAGAGUCCACACCGGGGAGAAACCGUUUAGUUGUCCAGUUUGUGGUAAAAAGUUUGCGCAAAAGGGACAAAUGAGAAAACACUUGAUUAACCACACUGGGGAGAAACCCUUGAGUUGUUCAUUUUGUGACAAAACAUUUCACUGGAAAAGCGAUGUUGUGAUGCACAUGAGAAUCCACACAGGGGAGAAACCCUUCAGUUGUUCUGUCUGUGGUAAAACAUUCACACAGAACUCAAGUUUGACGUCACACUUAAGACUUCAUACAGGAGAAAAACCUCACACGUGCUCAGUUUGUAACACAAGCUUUCGUCUCAGACAGAAUCUGACUGCACACAUGAGAAUACAUACUGGGGAGAAACCAUUUAGUUGUUCCACUUGUGGGAAAAGAUUUGCACAAGAUAUAACUCUGAGGCGACACAGGAGUGUCCACGAGGGGCGAGAAAACACUGAGUCACAGAGUUUGUGAUUAAAGAUUCACUCUGUUUGCUUGUUGGUCAGAGCAGCAGCAGUAAUAGAUCCUGCAGAGAUUACUGUAAAUGUGUCCAGCAGGAUUAAAAUACAGAGCAGAGACUUGGCUCAACAAUGAGCAGUAAAAAACAUGACACAGACUCAAAAAUUAGUAUGGAAUUGCCAACAUCAUACUGUAAUUUUAUAUAACAAAAGUACAAAUAGUGAUAAAUGAGUAGGUAGCUGUGUAAUAAAAGCACAGUAUUAAGUGAUGUUUCUGAUGAGUCUGUUCUAUAUACUGUUACAAUGAGCUGAAUGCCUUUUUAUGAGAAAUAUUUCUUCCUUUCCUUGAUUGCUGUAAAAAUAGCAUUACAAGCAUAAUUUUGAACAUAUAUUUUGAUUUUGAACAGUAUUUCCUAAAGAUAAGUCUUUUAAGUGAAGGUGCUUCCACGUCAUCAUUGUAUAACUAUUAUGUUUUAUAGUUUGUGUAUUUUGUGAUUUUAAGUUAUUUAAAUAAUCUAACACUCCGUUUGCUUUUCUUCAUUCUGAGAAUCGUGGAUUGUUGUUGGUUUUUUGUUUUUUUUUUUUGUUUUUUUUUUUGCAGUUGUUUUGUUGGGGCAAAAACUCCCAUAGUAAUUUCUAGGACAUAUCCACCCAGUAUAAAUCUUAUAGUGCAUGGAGUAUAGUUUAGUCUUAGUCUAUUUAUUCUCUAUAAUAUGAGAACAUUUGGCACAAUACUCAACUAUUACUGGAAAGCCUCAUUUAUUCUGGUGUAAUGAUGUUCUACCUGAUUUCCACUGGAGGGGAGCAUUGUCUCACUUUAAUACCUUCAGAAUGGUUGUUGGUCUUCACUGAAUUCACAUGCAGUGUGAUAAGUCUGGCACACUUUCUCUUAAGACUAGAACACACCUCACUUUACUGUUUCACACCUGAUCUCGGACACAGAUUUAACAGAUUAAACCAUCCUAAAGAGUACAUGAAGUUGUUAAAUGUAUAUCCAACGCGGUCAACUACUAACUACAUGUCUGUGUAUGGGAUGGACUUGUGGAACUGGUCGAGUGAUGAGUUGAAACAAAGCACAAAUAUAAACCACUUUAAAAACUAUACAAAAAAUAUAUUUUUGGCAGGUACGAGGAUGAUGUAAGGGUAUCUUUGGGGUGGAUAUUUGGAUCGUAAAUUAACCGGAAUUGUUCUUCAUUGGUUUAACUUGGUGGCAAAUAAACUGGGGAUAGUUGUUUGUAUAUUAGUUAUAAAUACAUUUGUUCAAAUAGAGUUGAAAGAAGGAAUUUGGGAAAGGAGAAGAGAUAUGAGUUUUACUCCUUUUGGGCAUUGUUACUUUUGUAUUGUGUGUUUUUUAAUUGCUGUUUUAAUUUUUGGAUCAAAAUAAAGUCAUUUAUUCAUCCAG